AUGUCGGAAAAUAGAAUCUAUAUUUUCUCCGUUCCGGCGGAUUUUGAAAUUAUUUUGAGACUAUUCGCGGAAAAUGAACGAUUUGGCGGUGGCCGCUUACAAUCGUUCGAGUACGACGAUGCUAGGCAGGUUGCUACUGUGGAGUUUGUAGAGGAAGCUAUUGCAAACCAAUUCCUGGAGAAAUGUGAAAUAGAGAUUUUGAGACACAAAAUGUCUGUCAUUCCAGUUCCAUGCGAAUCAACGAUUUUUGUGUAUGACGUAGAUGAAGUUAUCAAUGAAGACAUUGACUGCAGUUUGGAAAGUUCUAGAAAGGGUGGGGGUAAAUUGAGAGAGCACAUCUACUAUGAACAGUACAAGUGUGUCAAGGCUGUGUUUGAAAAUUCUGAGAAUGCCAAAGCUUUCAUAGAAAGGGGCAAAAUAGAAAUUUUGAAGAAAGAUUUCAUCAUCUCAAACCUUCCGCCCAUGAUAUAUUUGCCCCAAAAAAGAGUGAAAGUAGUUGACAAGGUCGUUGUACUAGACAUAAAACAACCAGAUCAUGUUAAAAAACUUGGAAAAGUAGUUACCCCGCCCAAGAAAAAGAUCCCAUAUAAGGAAGCUGGUGAUAGUGAGAAAAUGGUGGUGAACGAUAAUAGAAGUAAAAUAAUUGUUAAGGGUAGUGGAGAUAAUGAUGACGAUGAUGGGGAUGAUGAUGAUGAUGAUGAGAAGGAGGAAGAUGAAGACGAUGAAUUCGAAAAUGUUUCUUUUGAAAUUUUUAACAUUUCUGAUAAACUGGACGAGAGAAGGUUACAUGCUUUACUUAAGAAUAGAAGGUACGGUGGUCCCUUGAGAACUUUUAAUUUCGAUUCCGUCAAUAAAAUGGCCCUCGUUGCAUUUGAAGAUGUCAAUGUUUCGAAAUCAUUCGCAAAGAACGAAAGAAUAAACAUAACAAACGAAAUCCAUUUUGAUAUACGAAAAAUUCCGUCAUUCAAAAGUAGAAAACAAUCAUCAUCAUCGUUGUCGUCGUCGUCGUCAGCUUCACCUUCAAGAGGUCAAAAGUCAAGGUCAAAAGUUCAGCAUCAAUUGUCACAUAAUAAUGGAAAUAUUGGUGAAGGUUCGUCAUCGUCUGCCAUUCCGUCUAUGCUGGAAUGUAAAGACCGAUCAGAGCCAGGUACGGUUGAAGUAAUAGGCAGAAUAUCGGCGGGCAAAUUGGACAUGUACGCCCAAAACAGGAAAAGGUCACACGGGGGUCCAGUAGAACACGUGACACAGAUUUCUGAUGACGUUCAUGUCGUUGUUUUUAAAGACAUAAAUGAUGCACAAUCUUUCUGCACGCACGAUCAUUGCGAAUUUCUCAAGCUUGACAUUCAGACCAAAUUGCUGGACUCCUGGCCCGUGAAUGUUCUCCCCAGAGCUAUUAAAGUUCAAGGUUUCAGAGUGGAAACAAAAGCAGAAGGGUUGAAGUUGUUUUUUGAGAACCCCCGCAGUGGAGGCACCGCCAAUUCGGUGGCUGACGUCGUCAUUCUUCAGCCAGAUGUCGCCGUCGUCACUUUUAAAAAUUCCGAAGUCAUCAAAAACAUCCUCUCCAAAGGCGAUCUAAAAUUAGCGGAAAAGGUUCUAAAAGCGGAAGUGAUGAAACCCUACAGGCCGCCAUAUUUGUUGGCAGACGACGGUGCUACUAUCGACCGCAACAAACUCAUGUUCGUCAACUUGAAACAGAAAAAGUUGGACGUUGAACACUUCAAGAUGUUUAUUUCGGAUCUGGCAUGUUCGGAUGUUGUUUGCUUGAUUCUUAAUGAUUGUAGGGAUAAAGCUAUCGUAACGUUUUCAAAGGAACCUAAUUACGUAAACUUGAAACAUACAUUAUGCGCCGUUCCGUAUCAAGGCGUUAUGAUAUCUAUGGACCCCCUAACGACCAUAGAUACAGUAUCGAUCCUGAAAAAUCCGGAAUUGGAACCAUGCAUAGUGAAAUCGUACCUGGAAAAUAAGAGGAGCCAUGGCGGAGCUAUUAAACUAUUCAGGGAGGAAAAAGCCCGUUAUAUCGUCCAGUUUCAUAAUCCAAAAAGUGCCGAAAACCUGCUAGCGAAACCUGACGGACACGCUCUCAAUGGAAUAACUCUUACCAUAUCGCCCCAUAUUAAUGGAUUUAAUAAAUAA